AUGUCAUUGAAGCAAAUCGUUGGGCACAAACUGCUCAACGAUGUAAUUCGUCCGUUGAAAAAAGGAGAUGGAAAAGGAGCGUGGAAUGUUUUGGUGGUGGAUACUUUGGCGAUGAGAAUGCUCUCGGCGUGCUGCAAAAUGCAUAAUAUUAUGGAAGAAGGGAUAACAAUUGUGGAAGAUUUGAACAAGCGUCGUGAACCAUUGCCAACUCUCGAAGCAAUUUAUCUGAUAUCCCCUACACAAGAAUCUAUUGAUAAGCUGAUUCAAGAUUUUGCAAUGCGAAACCAGUACAAGUGUGCACACGUAUUCUUUACUGAAGCCUGUUCCGACCAACUAUUCUCAACUCUUUCCAAAAGUGCUGCAGCGCGUUUCAUUAAAACAUUGAAGGAAAUCAAUAUUGCAUUUGCUCCAUAUGAGAGCCAGGUGUUCAACCUUGAUUCGCCAGACACGUUCUUCCUUUAUUACAAUGCACAAAAACAGGGAGGGCUUACUGCUAAUUUGGAGAGGAUCGCAGAGCAAAUUGCAACUAUCUGCGCAACACUUGGUGAAUAUCCAUCAUUGAGAUAUCGCGCUGAUUUUGAGAGAAAUGUUGAACUUGGACAUUUGGUUGAGCAGAAGCUUGAUGCGUAUAAAGCGGAUGAUCCAACCAUGGGCGAAGGAGCAGAUAAGGCUCGUAGUCAGCUAAUUAUUAUUGAUCGUGGUUAUGAUGCUAUAACUCCACUUCUUCAUGAACUUACUCUCCAAGCAAUGUGCUAUGAUCUUCUUGCCAUUGAAAAUGAUGUCUAUCGUUAUGAAACUGGAGGAAACGAGAAUGUUGAAAAGGAAGUGAUACUUGACGAGAAUGAUGAUCUCUGGGUGGAAAUGAGACAUAAGCAUAUUGCCGUAGUUUCGCAAGAAGUGACUCGUGGUUUGAAGAAGUUCAGCGACUCGAAGGGUAACAAAGGCAAUAUGGAUGCGAAGUCAAUCAAGGACUUGUCCAUGCUCAUCAAGAAAAUGCCACAGCAUAAGAAGGAGUUGAACAAAUUCAGUACGCAUAUUAGUCUUGCUGAGGAGUGUAUGAGACAAUAUCAACAAGGAGUUGACAAACUUUGCAAAGUUGAGCAGGAUUUGAGCACUGGUGUUGACGUAGAAGGAGAACGCGUCAAAGAUGCCAUGAAACUGAUGGUUCCGCUUUUAAUCGACCCAGCUGUUCGUGUUAUGGAUCGUCUUCGUCUUAUCCUUCUCUAUAUUAUUAGCAAAAAUGGUAUUACCGAUGAGAAUCUGAACAAACUUCUUCAACACGCCAAUAUUACAAUGGCCGACAAAGAAACAAUUACCAAUGCUGCUCUUCUUGGAUUGAACAUUGUCACCGAUAGCGGAAGAAAGAAGGUUUGGACUCCGGCAAGAAAAGAUAGACCGCAUGAGCAAGUGUACCAAUCGUCGAGAUGGGUUCCAGUUAUCAAGGAUAUUAUGGAAGACGCUAUUGACGACCGGUUGGACACUAAACAUUUCCCAUUCCUUGCAGGAAGACAAGUCAAUCAGGGAUACAGAGCUCCUGCUUCUGCUCGUUAUGGUCAAUGGCAUAAGGAGCGCGGACAGCAAUCAAACUUCAGAAGUGGUCCUCGUCUCAUCAUCUACAUUGUUGGUGGUGUGACAUUCUCGGAGAUGCGAGCAGCUUACGAAGUGACUGCUGCCAAGAAGCCGUGGGAAGUGAUUAUCGGCUCGGACCGCAUUAUCACUCCAGACAAAUUUUUGACCAACCUUCGCGACCUCAACCAGCCAAGGGACCAAUGA